UAUCACCGGUCAAACAGUUCUCUCCCACUAAAACUCAACCAGUGUUUCUUCAAGCAAGUAUGGCUGGAUCUCAACAACAUGCUGCCUCCGUGCGAUUGGCUCAAGUAGCCAUUUUCAAUGGGAAAGGAUUUGAGGAUGCUGCGGGGGCUUUUUUACCGCGAUCUCAUGGGCUCCAUACUCUCUACCCCUCGGAUCUGUGGAUCCUCGCGAGUGCGAAAGAGAAUCGAGUCAUUAGUUAUCCUCACCUCAUGUUCGAUCACAUGCUGAACUACCAUGAUGCCAAUUACGAUGGAGAACUCCCUUUUGCUCCACAAAUAACGCAGAUUCUACUGGCCUUGGGGUUGGAUUUGCGUUUCAAGGUAGCUCGCGUAGACAUACUGAGUUCUCUUCAGGCUCAGUUUGUGCUCCGCAAAGUUGAUACGUCUGUUGAACGUCGUCGUCCCCUAGUCAAUGCUCCAGGGGGAGAAGCAGCUGGGCAUGCAGUUCCUCCUCACGAGGAUGGACUCAGCCUUGCGGAUUUAGGAGAAGAUGAUUCUAGGGAAGCUCAAGAGUCAUUCAAUCGUGCUGGGAUGAUAAGAGAUAAUGGUAAACAACCAUUGGUGCAUCCUUUGGAUGUCAUUCAAGAGAUGCUUCGACAGGAAGGGGAAGCUAGUAGCAGUAGGAAUCAGAUGCAGGAAGAUGAAGAUGGAAUCUCUGAUUAUGUUUCUUCACCAGAUUAUGAAUUCUAGGAUGGACACCUGUCUUAGGGGGAGCUAGUUGGUUUGGAUCUUGUCUGGUUGGAAUAAAGUAGUAGUUGACCUUUAAGAGUGAGUCUGGUUUCUUUUCUUUUCUCAGCAUGCCUGAGUAUGUGUCUGAAUGUUUCUGGUUUUAGAUCAGUGUCUGGUUAUUCGUGUCUGAUUAUUGAAUAAACUUUUUUGUUAUGA